CCAACAACCCUUAGCAGCAAUCCUGAUGCACCCGUCACACUUAGACCUAGGAGGACCCAGCCAGAGAGUUAAUUUGUCCAGUAGCCAGUCACAACCCCAAGAUAAUGAAUACAAGUUGGUUUCAGCAGAAAAAAAUGUCAAUCUGGUCAACAAAGUCUUGUCAGAGCAUACAGCCGAGUGCACUGGCUCGAUCAGUGGUUUGGGAAAAGUGGCAGAGAGCAUAUGUGGGGACUAAAAUGUGACACAUGUCAGUACAGGACAGGGAAGCAGAAACUAUAUACAAUGAAGUCCAAAGCAAGUAGCGUGGUCGGAGAGCAGUAACAGUGAAUGCAAGCUUUCAAACAACAGUCGGUGGUUGGUCCAUUUAGUGGUUUCUGCCCUGAACGGGCACGGCUCUCAGAAUAAGUCGGAGCUUCUCUUUCUGUUCACGCGAGAAAUUACGUGAGUUAACAGUAAAGUCUAGUCGAUUCUAAGGCCGCCUGCGUGAACUGCAUGAACUAGGAAUUGUGUCACAGUAAAAACAAACAGUGUAACCUAAAACCAAAUAUGGAGAUGUAAGCAACAAGAAACCAGUCACCUCAAGAUCUUUAUUGAUCAUGACUGCUGUGUUUUGCUGGGGUGGAGCCUCCCAAGGUCAGCUUGGACUAGGGGGCUCUGAAGAACAAAAAGCAGUACAACCUCAGCAACUGGAGGUUUUUCAAGGCAGAGAAAUCCAACAGAUCAGCUGUGGUCUGGAGCACACACUGAUUGCAUUGAAAGAUGGUAGCUUAUACAGCUGUGGAAGUAAUACUUAUGGGCAGUUAGGGAAGGAGAAAAGCAGUGGUAAACCAGAACUAGUUGGUGCAUUUGAGACGGGAAUGGUACGUUUGAUAGCAUGUGGAGCAUAUCACAACAUAGCAGUCACUGACAGCAAGCAAGUGUACAGCUGGGGACAGAAUUCUCAUGGACAGUUGGGCAGAGGAGAAGCAGAUAAAAACUUUAACAGAGUGCCAAGGUUGUUGAAAGGAUUCAGUGCCAGUAGCUGUGUUAUACAGGUUGCCUGUGGAGAUAAGCAUACUGUUAUAUUGACAAGAGAUGGCAGUAUAUUUGUGUGCGGUGACCAUAGUCAUGGUCAGCUUGGUAUGGGCAAUCUUCCUCAGGGCAGACUGGACUGUCCAGUGAAGCUAAAAUGCAUGCUAGGUUUACCUAUUGGUCAAAUAGCCGCUGGUGGUCACCAUAGUUUUGCAUUGACCUUGUCAGGGACCCUGUUUGGCUGGGGAAAAAAUAAUUUUGGUCAGCUAGGCCUUGGUGAUGAAAAAGAUCGACUUUUUCCAACACUGGCAAAAUCCGUCAGAAAUCAGAAAAUCAAGUAUGUAUGUUGUGGAGAGGAUCACUCAGUGUUGCUGACACAGGAGGGUGGAGUGUUUACUUUUGGUGCUGGGUCCCAUGGCCAACUGGGACACAACAGUUUAAACAACGAACUGCUGCCUAGGAAAGUGUUUGAACUGAUGGGGAGCGAGGUCACUCAGAUAGCAAGUGGGAGGAGACAUACCCUAGCACUGGUGCCAUUAAGAGGAAGGGUUUAUUCAUUUGGACUUGGUGCCAGUGGUCAGUUGGGCACAGGGAAUACCAGUAACUGCAAUAGUCCAUCCACAGUGAAAGGUCCUUGGGUACCUGCAGUGGUCACCAAUGGACCGUCCAGUUCUGAUAGCAGCAUGGAAGUGGAUGACACCAAAUCAGAAGCAUAUGUGAUAAGGACUAUUUACAGUGGAGGGGAUCAGUGCUUUAUGUACACUGCCAAACCUGAUCUCCACAUGCGUGCUGAAGAUUUCCGGACUCAGAAGCCACAUUAUACUUUACUCACAUUGAAUGAAGAUGUUGUAGAGAGAUGUGUGGCUGUUCAGAAAGACGCCAGACUUCCACUGGAGGUGACGGCUGACCUGGAGAUGGUUUUCUCUUCAGCGUCUUGCUUAAAUGGCUCUUUCUUACUCCGUGAUAACAGACAUUUAGGAAGUAGCAGGCUUAACCAUGGCAUAGACUUUGAUGCUGCUCAAGAAAUUUUUCAGAUGCUCAAAAAUGCUCCAAAUACUUUAAUAUCCCAUCAAAUAUGUGCAACAUUGGAACAAAAACUACUGCCCAGUUUACCUAUUUCUCCACCAGAUAUUGAAGCUAUAAGACUGUAUUUAGUGCUUCCCUUUUGCCACAUAUUUGAAAACCCUAAUUUUUACAGUACCAUCAUCUGUCCAUUUGGGCAGUCCAUUAUCAGCUUAGACAAGGUAGCAACAAAAGUGAUUGAUCAAUGGUGGUCAAAGCUCAGAUCGAGAGAUUUCAAAAAACUUGUCACUAUUUACAAACAAUGUGUAGUGUUCAUUUUACAAGAACCUCAUGCCAAGAAUGAGUUUGAGGUACUGGUUAGGCAGAAAGGAUUGCAUGUUUCAAUGGAGAUUCUGAGGAAACUUUAUACAGUAAAUGAUGGUGGUGGACAGAUCAUCCCAUAUGACAGUUUCUACAUCUGGGAAUUAAAGGACAAAGUGGACAUCAGAGCCGACUAUGUCAACUGGAUUCAAUCAAAGGGCUCUGGUGGUAUGCUGUCAUUCUGUAAUUUUCCCUUCGUGUUUGAUGCUCAAGCCAAAACACUUUUAUUACACACUGAUGCAGUGAUGCAGAUGCAGCUGGCUGUUGAUGAAGUCCAUCGGAGGAACUUUAGCAGUUUGUUCAUUCCAACCAUUGAUCCUGUCAACCCGUGUUUGGUGCUAUACAUUGAUCGCAGGAGUGUGGUUCAAGACACAAUAAACCAGCUUGCAAAGCAAGGCAGCACAGAUUUCAAGAAACCUCUCAAAGUGGUGUUUUUGGGUGAGGAAGCUCAGGAUGAAGGUGGAGUGAGAAAGGAGUUUUUCUUGCUGCUGUUGAGAGAAAUCUUAGACCCCAAAUAUGGCAUGUUUAGGUACUAUGAAGAGUCUCGAAUGAUUUGGUUCAAUAACAAGACAUUUGAAGAUCCGGUCAUGUUCUUUCUUAUUGGGGUUCUCUGUGGUCUUGCCAUUUACAACAACACAAUCAUUGAUCUGCCUUUUCCUCAAGCACUCUACAAAAAACUACUGAAGAGACCUGUUGUGAUGGAUGACCUCAGGGAACUCAUGCCAGAUGUUGCCAAAAACAUGCAAGAACUCCUGGAUUAUGAAGAUGAUGUUCAAGAAGCAUUCUGCCUCAAUUUUGUGAUUGUUCAAGACAACUUUGGAGAGCCAGAGCAUAUUGAACUGAUACCAGACGGAGCCAACAUUGAUGUCACUGCCGAAAACAGACAUCAAUAUAUAGAUGCCUACAUUGAUCACAUCUUUAACAAAUCUGUGCAAACACAAUUUGAAGCUUUCCAUACUGGCUUUCUAAAAGUUUGUGGAGGACGAGUGAUGGACCUAUUUCACCCAGCAGAGCUUCAGGCCAUGGUGGUUGGAAAUGAAAACUAUGACUGGGAAGAAUUGGAAAAGACUGCAGAAUACAAAGGGGAAUACUGGAGAAAUCAUCAUACCAUCAAAAUUUUCUGGGAAGUCUUUAGAGAGAUGACAGUUUCACAGAAGAAGAAAUUUCUAUUAUUUCUCACAGGCUCUGACAGAAUUCCAAUUCUUGGUAUGAAGGCAGUCAAGAUCUUUAUCCAGCCUACAGGAGGUGGAGAGGACUAUUUACCAGUUGCUCACACAUGCUUCAAUCUCUUGGACUUGCCAAAGUUUACCAAUAAAGACAAAUUAAGGCAGAAACUUCUCCAGGCCGUAGAACAGAGUGAAGGAUUUGGGUUGGUUUGAAACAGCUAUAUGUGAUGAAGGCCAUGAUUUAAGUGGUCCAUAAUCAUGAAUGUAGCAAGGUUUCCUGGAUUUGGUGUUUAAUUCUGAAAACUGGGUUGGAUACUAGUACUUGUAAGAUAUGAUGUAUAUUUUAGCUCACACAAGUGUCAACCUUAUACCAGCUGUGAUAAAAGGAUUAUCCAACUUUUGCAUUGCAUCGUCUUUUUUAUGUUAACAGAAAUAUUUUCAAUAUUUUUGUAUGGGUCAUUUCAACCAGUGAAAGUUUCAGAUAUUUUUGAUUUUUGCAGUAAUUUGCAAUUUUUAAUACACUCUACUGGACAAUUAGGGUGUGAUUUUACUGGACUUGAGUUAAGACUGGUUUAAGGGCUGACUUACACAAAUUUUGAGUCCAUGGAUUUCAGAUCCCUUGAAAUCUUAAUCUUAGCGAUGGGUUAUAGAAUUUGCUGAAGCCCCCCCCCCCCCCCUCUUCAUGACUUCCAUCUAUUUUCAGCUGUUUUAUACGAAAAUUACCACUUCGGUAACUCCUUACAAUGGAAUGAAAUAAAAUGAAUCCCCUGAAAAGAAGAAAAUGCCUAACCUUGUGGACAUUUUCCAGAUGAAUUAAGUGAAAAGGCAUACAGAAUAUUAAAUUUAGUUAACCACUUAUUCAAGUUCAAUUUUAAGAGGCCCAUCUUAACAUAUCUUAACAAUAUGAGGUAUGUGGGGAUGUUUUAUUCUGCAUGCAAAUUCAGUUGUUUUAAAUGCAAGUCUUAAAAUGAUACAGUUAUUACCAAGGUCGAAUUUGCUUGGUUUUUACAGACUGAAUGUCAGUUAAUACUCUACAUUGUGUAUGUGAGGAAAACCCCUUGAUUUAUUUAUUCAUCAAUGAUAAUAAAUGUGAUGGAAAAUAUAAUUAUAAACAAA